AUGAAGCAUUUGGCAGUGGCACUAGUUCUGUUUCUUUUUGUGUAUCAAAAAUGCUGUGCAGGUGCAGGAGAUGGGUUCAUAAGAACCAGAGGAAUCCAUUUCAUGUUAAAUGGCAGUCCUUUUUAUGCAAAUGGAUUCAAUGCUUAUUGGCUAAUGUAUGUGGCUUCUGAUCCUUCUCAGAGACACAAAGUCUCCACUGCAUUUCAACAAGCUUCAAGCCAUGGCCUCACUGUUGCAAGAACUUGGGCUUUCAGUGAUGGUGGAUAUAAACCUUUACAGUAUGCUCCUGGCUCUUAUAAUGAGCAAAUGUUCAAGGGGUUGGAUUUUGUCAUAGCUGAAGCUAGAAGAUAUGGGAUUAAGCUUGUAUUAAGCUUGGCAAAUAAUUAUGAAAGCUUUGGGGGAAAGAAACAGUAUGUAAACUGGGCUAGAAGUGCGGGGCAGUAUCUGACUUCUGAUGAUGAUUUCUUCAGAAAUUCUGUGGUUAAGGGAUAUUACAAGAACCAUAUCAGGACAGUUCUUAACAGAUUCAACAAAUUUACUGGAAAACUUUACAAGAAUGACCCAACAAUUAUGGCCUGGGAGCUGAUGAAUGAACCAAGAUGUACCUCAGAUCCAUCAGGAAGAACCAUUCAGGCCUGGAUAAUGGAAAUGGCCUCUCAUGUGAAGUCCAUAGACAGAGCUCACAUGCUGGAAGCUGGUUUAGAAGGAUUCUAUGGACAAUCAUCCCCUCAUAGAUUGAAUCUUAAUCCUAGUUUUAACAUAGGAACCGAUUUCAUUGCAAAUAAUCGAAUUCCCGGGAUCGAUUUCGCCACAGUUCACUCCUAUCCAGAUCAAUGGCUAUCAAGCUCAAACAAUGAGAAUCAACUUUCUUUUCUUAACAAUUGGCUAGAUGGACACAUUCAAGAUGCUCAAUUUGUUCUCAACAAGCCUCUACUCAUUACAGAAUUUGGAAAAUCUUUGAAAGAUCCUGGCUUCACUCCCUACCAAAGAGACAUGUUAUUCAACACUGUAUACUUCAAGAUUUACGCAUCUGCCAAGCGGGGUGGAGCAGCUGCCGGUGGUCUCUUCUGGCAGCUUCUUACCGAGGGCAUGGACUCUUUUCGGGAUGGAUACGAAAUAGUCCUCAGUGAGAAUUCCUCGACUGCAAAUGUGAUAUCUCAACAAGCUCAUAAACUCUAUCAAAUUCGGAAAAUAUUUGCAAGGAUGAGAAAUUUGGAAAUGUGGAGGAGGGCAAGAAGGGAUCAAAGGAUGGCUAGAAAUAGAGGGAAGCCUAUUGGAAAAUGA